AUGGCCCCACAACCACACAAUCCAUUCGGUCACGUACAACAAAAGCUCAAUUUUAAUCCAAAGAAUGUUACAGCUAAUUUUACUUUGGACUAUGAUUCUGUUGAUGGAAAGGAACCAAGUAAUCUUGAUGAAUCUUGGGCUAAGGAUUCCGAAUUAGAUCCAAGAGAAAUUUAUAUGAAUCAUUGUUCGAAAAUUGGAAUUGAUCCAACAUUUGAAUUUAUCUUUGCAUUGAACGACAAGAAUAUCAAGUCAUGUAUUUUAUCGAAUAGGAAAAAGAUGUUGACAGAUAAGGAUGUUAUUUGUAUUGCAACAGCUCUUACAACAAACAAGCACAUUUUAGAAUUGGAUUUGAGUGAUAAUAACUUGACUGAGGAAAUAUCCUCUUAUUUAGGAGAUAUGCUUAAAAGGAACACUGUUUUACAAAAAUUUACUUGUGGAAAUAACAAAUUAGGAGAUCAAGGCAUUUCAUACAUCUAUCAGUGCAUUGGAAGUAAUCCAUUCUCGCUAGUCAAUUAUAUAGAUCUGAGAGGUAAUAGAAUUAGUAGUGCUGCUGCAUAUUUGAGUUCAGUUUUUGCUUCCAAUAGAAUUCAAAUUUUAAAUUUACAAAACAAUUUAAUUGAUGAAGAAGGUGCAAAAGUUAUAGCCUUUGAAUUGAUGAAUAAUACAUCACUAAAAGUUUUGAAUUUACAACAUAACAAGAUUGGUGAUAAAGGUGCUUCACAUAUUGCUAAAAUGCUUGCCUCAAAUAUCACAUUACAAGAGUUAGAUCUUGGCUCAAAUAGAAUCAGUGUUGAAGGUGCUUCUUCACUUGUAACAGGACUGAAGAGUAACAAAUCACUUUUAAAGUUAAAUUUGAGAUCAAAUAUAAUGGGUGAUCCAGGAGCAUACAUGUUCUCAAAAUGUUUGACUCAAAAUUCAAACUUUUUGGAAGAAUUAUAUUUGGGAUUCAAUGGAUUUACAAUUGAUGGAGCUGUUGCUCUUUCGAAUAUGCUUAAAACAAAUAAUAGACUCAAAAAGUUUGAUAUUCAAGGAAUUAUGCUUGAUUUAACGUCAAUGAAAAUUAUUUCUGAUUCAUUGAAAGAAAAUCACUCACUCUUGAAAUUAUAUCUCGAUAUUGAUAGUGAUUCUACCAAGUUAGCUCCACAAGUUGCAAAAACCAUUUCAGAAGCACUUCAAUCAAAUAACACUUUACAAGAUUUAAUUAUUGGUGGAGAUAUGGACUUUGAAGAAUCUAUUAAUCCAAGAAAUUCCAUGUCAAGUAUGCCUAGUUCUGUUCAAUCAACACCAAGGCAACAUUUUUCAAAAGAUAUGGGAAAGAAACAAUUUGCUUUGGAAGAAUCUCCAAGAAUUCAUUUUGGUCAUCCAGUUAAUCAUUCUCAACACUCUGCUCUUUCCCAUCCAAGUAUGAAACCAAUUGAUACUAGUUAUAAAGGAUUAUUUGAUGAUGUUUUAGGUGAAGAUGAAAUAUCAGAUGUUGAUAGUGAACCUGAAUCAGUUAAUAUUCCAGUACAAGAAACAAAACUUCACAAACAACCUUCAACUCCUUCCAAUGAGAAUUGCACAAUCUCUCAUAAGCAAUUCAAACUCAUUGAAGAUAGAUUUGAAAAGUUGGAACAACUAGUGUUUACAAUUCAAAAGGAAACAAAGGAAAGUAUUAAUCAUCUGUUUGUUCAAGUGAGAGAGGAUGUUGACAGUGUUAAAAACUAUUCAACGAGAUUGAUUGAUACCUCUUUGAAGAAUUAUCAUAGUAAUUUUGAACAUAUUUUGCAACAAUAUAAUGUUAAUUCUACACCUUUGAAAGGAAGUUUAUCAAUGUCACCAACCAAAUCAAUUAAUAAUUCGUUAGGAGCACUGAGAGAAUCAUCAGCCUAUCUUGAACAAUUAAAGGCAGAAUUGGAAAUGAAGGUUGCUUCAAGUGUUAGAGAAGUUGAGGAAAGAAUUCAAGGAAGAAUAACAGAUGUUGAUUACAGAUUUAAUCAAAGUAUUGCAACACUUCAUAAAUGUGUUGAUGAAAAAUUGGAGAGACAACAAAAAGUAAUUGGAAGAAUGACUGAAGAACAACGUUGGAUUGAAGAGGAAGGAAUUAAGCUAAGAGUACAACAUGAAGCUAAGGUUGAAAAUAUGAUCAAGACAAUUAAGACUGAUUUAGAACAAAUGAUAUCUGAAUCAAAGCAAUCUGUCACUGAUACAAAGAGUACACUCUCACUCAAGUACAAUACUAUUGAAAAGAGAGUUGAGGAUUUACAAAAGAGGUUCCAUUUUGAAGAGGAGAAUAGACAGUUAUUGAAUACACUCACCAGAACUACCCAACACUUGCCAGAUGAUGCUUCAUAUGCACCACCUGUUGUUAAUACCAACAAUGAGGGAAAUAAGAGAGGAUCUUCAUUGUCAAUGAGAAGUAGUCCUUCCUCAACUAAUAAGGGUUCAACAAAUCCAAUUAAUCAUCAUCGAUCACCAAAUAGUCAUCAACAAGAUAAUGUGGAUCCAACUCACUACAAUAUGAUUCAAGCUCUUCUUUCAAAGAGUAAGGAAGUAUUGGAAAGAAAUCAAGGUGCAACUUCUCCAACCUCAACAACUAGUUCACAACGUUCUCGUACUGGUAGUACAGCUUAUCGUCCAUCAACUCCAGCUGAAAGAGAAUACUAA